CUGAACAUGACUACUGCGACGCUCGGAAUUGGAAAAUCUUUUUUAUGAAACCCGCCCAUAGCUCUUGGACGGUGAAUCCUCUGUCAAGCAAGGGGUCCUUUCUUUUUUUUUUGUUGUAGCCAUGUUUUCACUCACCAAAAGAAAUAGACCCACCAUCCAACCUCUGUUGUCCAUCACUGCCGUUCGUUUUGCAUCCAACUUUUCACCAAGACGUACAAAAUACAAAAAAGCACAAAAGGGCAAGAUCCCUAUUCCGAUUGGCGGUUCAACCAAGGGAACAACCGUCGAAUUUGGCGACUAUGGAUUGCGUGUGAAGGAAGGCUGUCGUCUGACCAGUCGCCAACUGACGGCAGUACACAACACACUUCGUAGAAAGAUCAAACCCAUCAAGGGUUCACAGUUAUGGAUGCGUGUGUUUCCUGAUAUUCCCGUUACGAGCAAAGGCAAUGAAGUACGUAUGGGUAAAGGUAAAGGCACAUUCGAGUACUGGGCUUGUCGUGUACCCUUGAACAGAGUUGUUUUUGAAAUCGGUGGAAUGAGAAAAGAAAUCGCAAAGGAAGCUUUCAGACUUGUGUCUAAUAAACUACCUGUCAAGACAGAAAUGAUUGACCGUAAAACAAAGCCAAUUGUUGGUGCUCAUGGUCUACCAUCAGUAAAGCCAGUGGAAACAGUAACAAAACCAGUGGAAGCAGUAUCGACAGAAGCACAAACCUAA